AUGGCCAAGUACGUCUCCCUCAUCACGAUCACGCCUCCGUGGCCCUUGACUGACACACAGUACAGACCCGUCCACCCAGCAACCGUCCACUUUCCCAUCGCCUUCAUCUUCCUCUCCGCCGCCCUCGACAUCCUCAACACCCUCCGCAACGCAUCCCUCCUCCCCGCCAGCGUCACCACCCAACUCCUCGCUCCCAACGACCUCACCCGCGCAUCCUACUACCUCCUCGCCCUCGGCCUCCUCACCAGCAUCCCCGCCGUGGUAACCGGCGGCGGCGAAGCCAUGAAGAUGAUCCAGAAGCAAGGAAUGUACGAGUCCGACAACAAGACCAUCAAACCCAAAGUCAAAGCCACCAUCGCCCAUGCGGUGGUCAACGACGUGGUGAUUGCGGUGAACACGUACGUGUGGUACACCCGGCGAGCAAAUGCGAGGGAUUCGCUGUUGGGCAAGAUGGGGACUGCUGGGGGUGUUGGCACGGCGGCUAGUGCGUAUGCGCCGGAGACGUGGAUGGUGGCUGCGCAGGGUGUUGCGUUGGGAUUGAUGCUCUUUGGGGCGAACAUUGGAGGCGCUCUGACGUAUAACUACGGCGUUGGAUUCAGCAGCAUGAACAAUAGCCUUGCUUCGGGUGUUGCGGCUAGAAAGAGCAAGUAA